AUGGCUAGCUGCCCGCCUUUAGAUCUUCCUGUUCCUGAUAAGAAUAAGAAGCUUAUUAACCUCAGUAAGCAGGUUCUUGAAAAAGUAAAAAAUUCAGAAGUGACAACAGGCAAUCAAAUUGCAAAAGCUAUUUUAAAGGAUUUCCCAGAAAGCACAUAUGAGGCUGAGUUCAAAAAUAUCCAGCGCAGAGUGUAUGAUGCUUUAAAUGUGUUGCAAGCCAUUGAUGUUAUUUCGAAAAUAAGAAAUGAAAUUAGGUAUAAAGGUAUUAUUAAUAAUGAACAAUUGGAACGAAUGAAAUUAUCAGUGGAACAAAAUAGGAAAAGAAAUAUGCAAAAGAAAAAAGCUUUAGCAGAAAAUAUUUUCCAAUAUAUCGCCAUACACAAGUUAAUGCAAAGAAAUAAGGAACAACGAAAGAAAAAACUUGUUGAGCUUCCAUGUUUAAUUGUUGGAGGCGGAGAUGCAAAUAUAGACAUUCAAGAAGACUCUGUAAGACUUACUUCUCCAAUUGGAUUUACUAUAGCCAAUGAUACUCAUUUAUUAUCAAGAUUAGACUUGCAUUGUUUUAGGUCUGAAGAAUUGCCUGAAAAUUUUCCAGAUGAAUUAAUUAAUUUGAUAGGGUCAAAUGAUUUUGUUAAGACUGAAGACUUGAGGAUUAGAGAAAGAGAUUAUCGACAAAUGCUACUUCAGCUGACUGAAAAUCAAUAA